GAAAAUAUCCAAUGAAGCACAUAAUGCUUAGUAUAUGUUUAUUAUAAUAGAAAAGAUAAUUAUAUACAUAUAUUUAUAAAAUAUAUUGUUGAUACAUAUCUUUAUCUGUUUAUUUAUUACUAUAUAAUAUAUGUAAAACAAUCCUCACAAUACUUCUACUCUUACAGUGUAGGCAUUUCUUUAGAGUAAAAGUGUCAUUUUUACCUUUUAACCCUAGUCCAUAAGCAUCAUUCACCUCUAUUACCAAAUGAAUAUUUUAUCAUCGUUCAAUCCUUUUAUAAGCUUAAAAGAAAGACUUUAGCUGAAAAGUAACUGGUUAUUCAAUCAAGACUGUAAAAUAGUAAUAAUAAUAAUAAUAAAAAAAUCCUUUUUACAAAAUAAUAAGACUUUGGGACACGCUUGACUCAUUUAAAUAAGUAAGCAUCGGUGAGAUCUUUUGUUGAUAUACGUUUAAAUUUAUAGUUUGAAUGUAUAUUUUGAACAAAAGAUAAUGUCAGAGUCGUUAAUUUUUAUAGAAUUAAUUUUACUAAACAAUGUAUUUUCUAUUUCACCUUGUCACCGUUCCGUUUCAUUUAACAUUAUAUUCUUGUACUUUUUUAAUAUAUCGUCUUUCAAAAGAUCUCGGGAAGCUAUAUUAUUUGCUUGUUUCAGUAGUCGUCAUUUUGUCAACAAAGUUAGCAACUUAAUAUCCUUUUUAUUUGAUUAUCAGAAUAAACUUUAUGUUGGCUCCCUUUUUUCUUGAGCAAGUAAUCAUUUUUCAGCUUUUUACUGCUGCUAGCUUUAAGGCUUGCAAUAAGAUCGUCAUAUUCGAAGACUUAAAACUUCUUUAAGCUUCCUUUCGUAAUAUUCGUCCAUUGUUUAGGGUUUAAUAAGUUACAAUAAACAAUCGUUAACAAAAUUACUAAAUGUUUAUAUAAAAACAAAUUUCGAAGCCAUACUAAAAAAAAUAAGAUAACAAUUAAAAUUAGCAAGUUAUUUUUAGGACAACUGAGAAAAGACAGUUAUUAGCCUUCAAUACAUGCUUGAAUAUUUUUACAUGAACAAAUAAUAUUUCAUGAACACAACUCCAAAAUAC